GGCGAUGCGGGCUCGGAAGAAGCGCCGUUGGUGUUGUUUGGCGAUAUGCAAUGGUACCCAAACAAAACGGCCAAUUCCCAACGUGUGACGCUCUGGCUUUUCGAGGGGCUGUUGUUGCUGACAGUUCGGUACAGCCAGUCGCAACUGACACCUCGGCUGUGCGCGGAG